CAUUAAUAUCAGACUGAAAGAGAUAGUAGGAGGAGACAAGAGAAAUGUCACACAAUGUCAUGAAACCUUACAGUACAGCAUUUCUUAGUAUCAAUACGGAAGUCCUACUUCCUCUUUUGGUUUCUGUAUUGUGAUAUGCUACGAUUCUGGAUGACUCAUUAUGAAAGCAAUAACCCAAGUAAGCUACAUAUUUGGAGUUGGACAGUUUUGGUUGGUUUGCAAUUUGAUAGAGAGAUGAUCUUGGAAGGACAUUUCUUUCAACUUUUGACGGAUUUCUUGGAGCACGACAAACCUGAUUUAUGUCUUUAAUUCUAAAUGCAGAAAUAGUUUUGUUAUGACAUUAUCUGGAACACCCGAUCCCUGCCUACAGAGCCUCAGGGAUCGCCGUGUUACUCUUGUGGACAAACUCGAGUUCCACAUUGAUUCACUUAUAGACGUAUUAGUUACAAAGAAGGUUCUCACUAGAGAUGAUAGAGAGGAGAUACAAUAUGAGAAGGGGCCACGUGGAAAGGUCCGCAAAGUUCUGGAUAUAUUGGAGGGCAAGGGGGAAGAGGCUGCCCGAAUCUUUAUUUCUGUAAGUAGGCAACUUGGAGAGUCGAUCAUAAAAGCUGAUGAUCACUGUCUAAAAGAGACAUCAGAAUACCAGAAGAUCAUAGCAAAACAUAAAGCCGUCUUAAAACGCAGAAGUGAGUGUAUCCUGUACUAUAACACACGUCAUGGAGAGAAGAUUCCUUUUUCUGAACAUUAUGUCAAUCUGUUGAUUGUAAAAGGUCACCAUAGUUUAGAAAUAAAAAGACAUGAGGUUUUAACUUUUGGACAGCAGCGCAUUUCUCUGCAGCAGAAAGCUACGGAGCAGAGACUAAUCAAGCCAGCACAGCUGUUUUCCAGUGAAACUGGCAAAAAGACAGGCAAAAAGAUUUUAGUGACUGGAGUAGCAGGGAUUGGGAAAACUGUCCUAGUCCAGAAAAUUCUUUGCGAUUUCAGUAAUCACAAAGAGCAUCAGUCUUUUGAUUUCAUUAUUCACCUAACCUUCAGGGACUUGAAUCUUGUCAGCAAGCCAGUAAGCUUACGAGAACUUAUUCUCCGUAAAAAUGGACAUCUUGCUAAGCAUCUGGACACCAUCACUGAAAAUGAUGCUAAACUCUUGAUCAUUUUGGAUGGCUUUGAUGAAUUUAAGCACUACAGAAGUUGUGAUGUGGAUGUCUUUUUGACAGAUCUUGAUGAGGAGGGCGAGGUGGUGGAAGUCUUAUCCAGCCUAAUGAUAGGAGAACUCCUCCCAGGAGCCUCUGUGCUGAUUACCAGCAGGCCCGUGGCUGUUAACUACAUUCCCAUUGGAUCCAUUGACUGCUUUGUUGUGAUAACUGGAUUCUCGACUGUCGAGAUCCAUGACUUCUUCCAACGUUUCUUUCAGGAUGAGGAGUUAGCUACACAGAUGUUCAAAAUAGUGGCAACAAAUGAAUUGAUGCUUACUCUCUGCUACAUACCAGCCUUCUGUCAUAUUGUGUGUAGCAUUCUUAAAGAAAGUAAUGGGCUGUACCCAACUAACUCAAGGACAAUGACUGAUAUCUACGUGCAGUACUUGCUGGCAUUGGUCAAAUCACACACAAACAAUCGAAUUGAAUCGUUAAACAUUGUCACUGGCAUAAACCAUCAGGGACACUUACAGGAAAUCCUGUUAAAGCUUGGCAGGUUGGCAUAUCAGAAAUUAAUUAAUCAAGAAACUCUCUUUUAUAGCAACAAUGAUGAAAUAGCUAGAUGUGUUAUCGCAAGCGCUUUUCUAGACAAAACAUCCAUUCAGGAGCCAGGUUGCACAGAAGACAUGUAUUCCUUUACACAUCUCACAAUACAGGAGUUUUUUGCUGCACUUUAUUGUGCCAUGGCAGAUGUAUCCUUAUCAGACACACUAGGUUCAGGCAAUGAAUACAGUAUCAAUAGUCUGCCAGGAAACCUUGAUCUGUUUAUGAGAUUUCUUUCUGGUCUGCUAUCAGAAAGAAACCAAGAACUGCUCUCCAGAAAUAUCGGGUUUCAAAAGCAGCAAGAUAAAAUGCAAUCCUUCCGACAGAAACUGAUAUCGGAUACUCAGGCCACUUGUGAGAAUGGCGCUUACAUUCUAACACAGUUGCACUGCAUUUUAGAGCAACAGGAUGUGCUACUAAUUCAGGAGCUCAAGCUGCAAGGUAUGCGCAUCAACCUCAGUGAUGUCACUUUGUCCACCAUGGACUACACUGCCGUGAAGCACUUUCUCAAUGAAAUGCAACUUACUAUGUCAGAAAUGGAUCUGACCGGGACGAACAUCAAUGCUGAAUCACUAAGAGAUUUACAGCCGUACUUGCUCAGAUGUGAGAAACUAUGGCUGGGGGAAAAUAGUCUGGAUCUGGAUGCGAUCAAGGUAGUUGCUGACAUCCUACAAGCUUCUGAUGUCUUAAAGGAAAUUGGUUUAGGAUGGACAAACAUCGGUGACGAGCAUGUUUUUCUACUCACAAAUGCUAUCGAAACUAAGCAAGCACUCACAGACCUCUGGAUGGAGGGGAACAGUAUCACUUUUGCAGGCUUAUCACCCUUAAGUGCUUUUACACCUUCUCCUCUUGAGAGAGUUGUUGCCAUCUGGAACAAUGUAACUGAUGAUGAAGGUGAGCGCCUCAACAGCCUCUGUCCUGAGCCCUGUUUCGCUGUGUCCUUCACAGAAAACAAUAUGUGGAAAGAUUGGGCAAACUGGGUUCUUCAAAGAUGUGAAGUGAGUAGCAAUGAGAAGCUGGUGACAAUCCUGUACAAAGUGUGUGACAUAUCUGUCCGUCGUUUAGAAAGCCAGUGGGCCAAGGCUUUUUACACAAACCUGACUAAAUUAAUAAGGACACGAAUCGAGCAGUGCUUGGAAGAGGAUGUGCGAAAGAAACUGGUGAAGUUUGAGACAAUUCUGACCACAUAGAGGAGUUUACACUGCUGGAAUUUAAGAGAAUUUAGAAGCUGUUUUAUAUAUGUAGACCAAAGACAAAAUUUGUCCCCUUAUAUUAUUUCUGAUGAUGUUGUAAUACUUUAUAUUGUAAUAUUUAAUAUUUAAUAUUUCAUAUGUAUAAUUGCUAAUUUGUAUUUAUUUAUUAAUUUACUUUUAUUAUUAUUUACUGAGAUUGUUUUAUUUCUCAACAUUUGAGCAAUAUGUCCUCAGAGGUAACUGCAUUGAUAUUUAUCAUCAGUGUUUACAGCUGUUCUAUUUUACUUUAUGGCUAAUAUUAAUAAAAUAAUACAUUAGU